UGUUUCUGAUAACUUGACUGUUCGACUUCUAUUGCUCUAUAUGUUCAUUACAUUGACAACACCAGCACAACUUACGUAGCUAGCGAACUAGAUCAUCGUCUGAUCUGUCUCGUUAGCCAAGCUACUGUUAUCUAUCUCUAACCAGCUGCAUUUCUGGUGAUUUACAUUACCUGUAGUGUUUGCUGUCGUCGUCCUGAUCAUUCAGAGAUGCAAGGCUAGCUAGCCAGUCACUGAUUUAUUGCUAUUAUGUUUAAAGCUAUGGUCCAGUGCGACGUUCCUGCACCAGAGCUAGCAAGUUACCUGCUAAGAACAAAAUAAAUAAAAUAACAUUCUUUAACACACACGAUUACAGACAUGUGUUGCUUUCUUGUCCAUGUUGCAUAUAUCUCUGUCUGACACACACUAAGGGUCAUCAAGGGGCCAACGCUACAAUCAGGCUGAACUAUCUGUACCCCAAAACAACCCAAUAAACAGAUGGAUGAAGCCUGACACAGAUGCCAUGGCCCCGCUCAACCUGGGUGACUUGGACUUGACCACAGAUGAGUUCAUCUUGGAUGAGGUGGACAUUCACAUACAGGCUAAUCUUGAAGAUGACUUGGUGAAGGAGGCGUUGAAAACGGGAGUUGACCUCCGGCAAUACUCUAAACAAGUGGAGGAUGAACUCCAACGGAUUGAACAAGCUUCCAUCAAAGACUAUAUCAAGGAGAGCCAGAAUAUUGCCUCUCUGCACAACCAGAUCACAGCCUGUGACUCCAUACUGGAGCGAAUGGAGGGCAUGCUGAGCGGCUUCCAGAGUGACCUCUCGUCCAUCAGCAGUGAGAUCCAGACUCUGCAGCAGCAGUCGGUCAGCAUGAACAUGCGGCUGAAGAACAGGCAGGCUGUACGCAGCCACCUCAGCCAACUGGUGGAUGAGCUGGUGGUGCCCGGAGCUAUGAUCCAGGUAAUCUUGGAGAGCCCGGUGACAGAGCAGGAGUUCCUUGAGCAGCUCCAUGAGCUCAACAACAAGAUCAACUUUGCCAAAGAGCUCAGCUUCAGGGAGACUUUGGCCUGCUCUGACAUCCAGGACAUUGUGGACCGCCUCAAAAUCAAGGCUGUCACAAAGAUCCGAGAAUUUAUCCUGCAGAAGAUUUAUUCCUUCAGAAAGCCCAUGACCAACUAUCAAAUCCCCCAGAACACCCUCCUCAAGUACAGGUUUUUCUAUCAGUUCCUCUUGGCAAACGAAAGGACAGUGGCCAAGGAGAUCAGGGAUGAAUAUGUGGACACCAUGAGUAAGAUCUACUACAGUUACUUCAAGUCGUACAGCGGCAGGCUCCUCAAAGUACAGUAUGAAGAGGUGGCAGACAAAGAUGACUUGAUGGGAGUGGAAGACACGGCCAAGAAAGGUUUCUUCUCCAAGCCCUCCCUGAAGAGCAGGAACACCAUCUUCACCCUGGGCCAGCGGGGGGCCGUGCUGAGCCCUGCCGAGCUGGAGGGGCCCAUCCUCAUCCCCCACACUGCCCAGAGAGGGGACUGCAGGUAUCCCUAUGAGACGCUGUUCCGCAGUCAGCACUACGCCCUCUUGGACAACGGCUGUCGAGAGUUCCUCUUCCUGUCUGACUUCUUCAUGGUGGCUGGAAAUUCUGGGCUGGACCUCUUCAACAGCGUCAUGGGAAAGACACUCAGCUUGUUCCUGAAGAGCAUGUCCACCUAUGUGUCGGACUGCUACGACAGCAUCGCCGUGUUCCUGUGUAUCCACAUCAUCCUGCGUUUCAGAGCCAUCACAAACAAGAGGACCAUCCCAGCCCUGGACAAGUACUGGGAUGCGGUGCUGGAACUGCUGUGGCCCAGGUUUGAGCUUAUCCUGGAGAUGAACAUUCAGAGCAUCCGCAACACGGAUCCUCAAAAACUGGGCGUGCUGGACACCAGACCACAUUAUAUCACACGCAGAUAUGCAGAGUUCUCUUCUGCCAUAGUCAGCAUUAACCAGACAUUCACCAGCGAGCGAACCCACACCCUCCUUGGCCAACUUCAGGUUGAAGUGGAGAACUUUGUCCUGAAGAUGGCUGCAGAGUUCCCUUCACGCAGGGACCAGCUCAUCUUCCUCAUCAACAACUACGACAUGAUGCUCAGUGUGCUCAUGGAGAGGGCAGCUGAUGACAGUAAAGAGGUUGAGGGCUUCCAACAGCUCCUCCAGGCCAGGAGCCAGGAGUUUAUUGAGGAGAUUCUGUCCUCUCCCUUUGGUGGCAUGAUAGCAUUUGUGAAGGAGAGCGAGGCGCUGACGGAGAAAGGGCAGCUGGAUAGACUAAAGAAUGACGAAGCCCGGAUCACCCAGCUGGUCAGGGGUUUCUCCAGCACAUGGAAACAGUCUGUGGAGGCUCUGAGUCAGGACGUCAUGAGGUCCUUCACCAACUUCAAGAACGGCACUGGCAUCAUUCAGGGAGCGCUCACUCAGCUGAUCCAGUACUACCAUGGCUUCCACAAGGUACUGGCCCAGCCCACCUUUCGCAGCCUGGCCGUGCGCUCUGAGCUCAUCAACCUGCACCACCUCAUGGUCGAAGUCAAGAAACACAAGCCCAACUUCUAACUGGACACUCCAAGACUAGAUUUAGGAAUGAUGUGAUGGAUUAAAGGAAGGAGCUCAAAAUCUGACAUGGCCUGAUUGGAAACAAGUGAAAGAGUAUAUCCCUUUGCUCGUGACAUCACUCCACUGAUUUAAAGACUGUAUUGCGCGUGGGAACCUGUCGUUUAUGAUUUUACCAAUGUCAAUGGGUAAGGUGUUGUGUAAGUGCUACCUUUUCUUUCAUGGGUGCUGGGUUCUUAGUUUUUUCAGGAGGGGAUAAAGAGACAGAAAUAGGAUGAGGGAAGGUUCAGUGGUUAUGGGGAUUGACAGGAGAGAUUAUAGAAAUCAAAGGCUGUCAGAAGAAACGGGGUAGAUGGUCUAUUCCAUUCAGGGGUGCACAACUCGAGUUGUGCUUGUUUUGGCUUAUCACAUAAUUGAACAAUUACUGGUUUGUGCGUGAACUCACCUGGUUUCCCAAGUAUAAUCCAGGCUUGUUAAAAGGCAAGGGCCAAAACCAGCAAACACUACGGCUCUCAGAGCUGUGCACCCCUAGUUUAUUAUGAGUUUGAGAGGGAAGAGCAGGAAAGGGGAGGGAUUGGCAUCUCCUGGGCCCCUGUUGUGUAUACUGUAACUGUAGAUGAUAACAUAUUGGAAUGUAUUAAUAUACUUGCAAGGCUGUAAAGGACCAUCACAUGGCUGUCAUUUUCAAUGCUUUAUUUAACAUAAAUUAAGAUUACAUUGCUGUUAUAAAAUUGAACACAAACAACUCACACUUUAAUUUGAUUGUAUUAUAUACUUUGUUUUGUGUAUAUAAUGCUCAUACAAAUGUUGGUUUCAUGUCUGUGCCCUUGCCCAGUCAUGUGAAAUCCCUAGAUUAGGGCCUAAUGAAUUGAUUUCCUAAUAUGAACUGUAACUCAGUAAAAUCGUUAAUUGUUGCAUUUA